CCUUUGAUACCCAUAAUAAGCGCAAAAGAUGUCAAGAGCCUAAUCUUUACUAACCUCGAUAGGACCAUGUUUGAUCUCGUCAUCCACAACGGUCAUAUCAUUACAGCAUCUGAUGUGCUUCCACCGUCUGUUUACAUCGGUGUUAAGAACGGUGUUAUACAAACCAUGACCACUGAGAUACUACAGGGUAAAAAGGUCAUCGAUGCUCAAGGUGCGCUUAUCACUCCGGGUGGUAUUGACUCCCAUGUCCACUUGGAUCAGGAUAACGCCCCAACUGGUGAUAACUUUGAAAGUGGUUCCAGAAGUGCGGUUGCUGGUGGUAAUACCACCAUCUUGCCGUUUGCAAUCCAGCCAAAGGGCGAAUACGACUUCCAAAAAGUUGUUGAUGACUACCAUAAGAGAGCCAGUGUUGGGUCCUACUGUGAUUAUGGGUUCCACCUCAUCGUUUCCGAUCCAACAACGGAGUCUCUACAACAGCUCUCUCAAAUGAUCGCCAAAGAGGGUAUCACUUCCAUCAAAGUUUACACAACUUAUCCCAGAUAUAAGUUGAAUGACUCUCAACUGUUAGAACUGCUCCUUGAGACUAGAAAGCUGGAGAUGACAACUAUGAUCCACGCUGAAAACUCUGAUGUCAUUGACUUCAUCAAUGGGAAACUACAAGAGAAAAAGAUGACGGGUACUUAUUACCAUUCGGUUUCCAGACCACUUGAAGCAGAAGAUGAGGCAUCUUAUAGAGUCAUUUCGUUGGCAAAAGUUAUCGACGUGCCAAUCUUGAUUGUUCAUAUGUCUUCGGAGACUGCACUAUCUCAUGUUGAGAGUGCUCAAAGAAACUUGGUUCCGAUUUACGCAGAAACUUGUCCUCAAUAUCUGUUUUUAACAAGCGAUUACUUGAAGCAAGGCUGUUGCCAUCACAAGGGUCAUGGGGAAGAUCCGUUUGAAGGCGCCAAAUACGUCUGUUCUCCACCACUGAGACAAAGCCAGUCUGAAUUGGACGGUGUUUGGAGAAGUAUCCAGAACGGCACCGUCACCGUCUUCUCCUCUGACCAUGCUCCUUCACAGUACGAUAACCCAAAGGGUAAGAAAUUGGGAUUGGUUGAUGGAUUGCCCCAUUACAAGCAAAUACCUAAUGGUCUACCAGGAAUUGAAACACGUUUACCUUUGCUCUUUUGCUACGGUGUUGAAACCGGAAGAAUCACACCACAAAAGUUUGUUGAACUCUGCUCAACCAACCCUGCAAAGAUCUACGGCCUUUCAGAUAGAAAGGGAACCAUUGGAAUUGGCUACGAUGCUGAUUUCACCAUUUGGUACCCAAAAGGUGAGAUGAAAGAGUUUAUCCUGGAUAACGAAAUGUUACAUCAUGACAUCGACUAUUCGCCAUUUGAAGGUAUGAAAUUCACCAACUGGCCACGGUAUACAAUACUGAGGGGCCAAGUCGCUUGGGAUAGGGACAACGGUGGUGUCGUGAACAAGCUUGGUGAUGGAAACUACUUGAAAAGAGGACCUUCCACUUUGGCAGGCCCAAUGAAGGAAAUAAACCCGAUACUGGCAUAGCAGCAUACGAUAUCUGAGCUAUCGGUAUAAGCUACUCAUAACUAUUUGGAUUCAAAAGUACCUUUAGAUAGCUAUAGAACCGGAGAAUUGGAACCUCAAACUCCGAACAUAAAGACAGAUAAACCCAUUUUAAACUGCAGGCAAGUUCCACGCUGUAGUCACUGCAACUCUGC